AUGGAGCGAGUCGGACCCAACCACUACAAGUUCAGCGUCGCUGGCACUGGCUCCGCGAAGAAGCUCCGUGAGCAGUUGAAGAAGGAGGCCGAUAGGGAGUGGAAGGAGAAGCAGGAAAAGAAGCAGCAAGCAGGCUCCUCAAAGGAUGCCAACGGCACCAGUCAAGACGAGAGUGAACGCAACUUCAUCCUGGAGCAGGCAGCAUCAGUUCGUAUCAAUGAGGAGAGACGACUCAUAAAACAGUGA